GCCAGUGGAGCUGAAUUCAUAGACGCUACAAAAAAAGCUGUACUGUUUUCUUCUGAUCACAUACCAUGACCUCAUUGAAUAGUCUGUUUUCAUUCACAAGUCCAGCUGUUAAAAAAUUAUUAGGUUGGAAACAAGGCGAUGAAGAAGAAAAAUGGGCUGAAAAAGCAGUCGACUCUUUGGUAAAAAAGCUCAAGAAGAAAAAAGGAGCAAUAGAGGAACUAGAGAAAGCCCUCAGUUGUCCUGGUCAACCUAGUAAAUGUGUCACCAUUCCAAGAUCCUUAGAUGGGCGAUUACAGGUAUCUCAUCGUAAAGGUUUGCCUCAUGUAAUAUAUUGUCGUGUGUGGCGAUGGCCAGAUUUGCAAUCUCACCAUGAGCUUAAACCACUGGAAUUCUGUGAGUUUCCAUUUUCAGCUAAGCAAAAGGAAGUUUGCAUCAAUCCUUAUCAUUACAAAAGAGUUGAAAGUCCAGUUCUGCCUCCUGUAUUGGUGCCAAGGCAUAGUGAAUAUCCUCCAGGGCAUCCUAUGCUGACAGCCUUCUCACAAGUUUCUGAUGCAGGCAUGCCUCAUAAUGUCAGUUAUUCAGCACAAGGAUUCACCACACCUUCACCUAGCAGCAGUGCUCUGUCAAGCUCUUUAUCUGUUUCACCAGGAAUCAGUGUGCCAUCACCAACAACUAGUAGCAUUAACAAUUCUGCUCCAAACAGUCCAUUUGGAUUAUCAGAAACACCACCACCUGCAUACAGUCCUAAAGAUGACAGCCAGCAUGGAUCAGAAUCCCAAACCAUGGAUACUGCAAACCUCAAUGCUGAUGCAGAUCUUGCUCCAGUUGCAUAUCAGGAGCCAAAGUAUUGGUGUUCAAUUGCUUACUAUGAAUUGAAUUCUCGAGUUGGGGAAGUAUUUCAUGCACAGAACCACAGUAUAGUUGUAGAUGGAUUUACUGAUCCAUCUAAUAACCAAAGUCGUUUCUGCUUGGGACUUCUCUCAAAUGUGAAUAGGAAUUCAACAAUCGAAAACACUCGCCGUCAUAUUGGCAAAGGAAUUCAUUUAUAUUUUGUCAAUGGUGAAGUCUAUGCAGAAUGUCUUAGUGAUAGCGCAAUUUUCGUACAAAGUCGUAAUUGCAAUCAUUCACAUGGCUUUCAUCCAACCACAGUUUGUAAAAUACCACCGGGAUGUAGUUUGAAGAUUUUUAAUAACCAGGAGUUUGCUCAGUUGUUGACUGAGGCUGUGAACCAUGGCUUUGAAGCUGUAUAUGAACUAACUAAAAUGUGCACAAUACGCACAAGUUUUGUCAAAGGCUGGGGUGCCGAAUAUCACAGACAGGAUGUAACAUCCACACCAUGCUGGAUCGAAAUUCAUCUCUGCGGCCCAUUGCAAUGGCUGGAUAAAGUUUUGACACAAAUGGGUUCACCAAACAAUCACAUUUCAUCUGUUUCAUGA